AUGGGAGAAAUGGUGCCUGACUGGGCGCAAAUGUGGGGGGCUAAGGUCAAGAUGCCAACAGACAUGCGCGACGACAUGCUGAGAGAUGCCAUCGAGACAUGCAGGGAUGCCUUGGAUCACUGUGCGGAUUUCGAAGCAGAAGGACUAGCGGCAGCAGAGAAGAUCAAAAAGCAUUUCGACGCGCGGUGGGACCCCAGCUGGCAUGUCAUAAUCGGUCGAAAUUUCGGCUCUUUCGUGACGCACGAAACAACGUGUUUCGUUUACUUCUACUUGGCAGACAAAGCGAUCAUGAUGUACAAGGCCGGCUGA